AUGUACUUUGAUGGUGCUGCACAACUUGAUGAGGCUGGUGCUGGUGUGGUGUUUGUUACUCCGCAAGGAGAAGUUCUACCAUACUCCUUUACUUUGACACAAUGUUGCUCCAACAAUGUCGCUGAAUAUCAGGCACUAAUACUUGGACAUGAAAUGGCCGUCGACAUGAAGCAGUUGCAGUUGCAAGUCUUUGGUGACUCUCAGUUGGUGAUCAAUCAACUCUUGGGAAGCUAUGAAGUCAAGAAGCCCGAAUUACUCCCCUAUUAUAGUUAUGCUCAGAAGUUGAUAGGAUGGCUUGGUGACGUGACUCUUCAGUAUGUUCUUAGAAGGGAAAAUAAAAAAGCCGAUGCUUUAGCUGCUCUAGCUUCAGCGCUCACUCUGCCAGAUCAAACACAAGUGACUAUCUGUAAAAAAUGGGUAGUACCUCCGCCAAAUGAGGAUGAAGGCGCGGAAAAUGAGAUUGAACAUCUCGUAGUUGUUUCUGAGGCUGCGAAGGAAGACUGGCGAUAA